AUGGUCGAAUAUAAAGUUGUCAAAGAACUGUUUCUGAACAAAGUUAGAGAGCUAGGAGUAACUGUAUCAGAAUCAGACAAAAAGAACCUCAUGCGAAAGGUUUCAAACAUGUUUCCAGAAAUCAAUUUUGUCACUCACCAGUAUAACAAGAUGUUUAUGUAUCCCAACACAUUAGCAAUAGGCAAAACCGUACUGGAUUUCCUUGAGCUAAAAACGAAGCUAGAGUCGCUGAAAGGUCCCAGGAGCGAUGACGAGAAGAAUGUGAUACAAAUUGCUGGAUUGAUAAACGAUGAAAUAAAAGAUCUUAACCCACUGAUGUCCUGGCCGCCUGAAGAGGACGAUUUAAAACCAAGCAUAACCACUGACUACAUUCCACAUCUUCUCGACGUCCUUUUGACAGUGCUUAUUACUGGGAAACCACUUGACAGCGAAAGCAGCAGGACAGAAAGAACAAUAAGGCCGAAAGAAUCAUUCCCUCAAGAUAUAGUUUUUUCUGUUACAAAUGGGGUUGUAAAAACUCCAAAAAGCGUGUUAUCUCCUUCUGUUGUAAAGGCUCUUUGUAAUAACAGAGAUUGUAAAGCUAAUCAAUAAGUACGGUCAUGGUGUCACUUAUGACCUAGUAGAAGAGAUUGAGAAGGAGUAUGCGUUAAAAGUUGUUAACGAGCAACUAGAAAACCGAGUCGUCAUUCCGCCCAUUGUAAUGCAGGAGCAAACCAGAUCCACUGUUGCCCUGAUGGUGGCUGAUAAUAUUGACAACUUGGAGGGUACACUGAGUGGGUCUGGAACAUCCCAUCGCGUGAACUCUAUCCUCAUCACGGAGCAAAAGGAGAGAGAAAGUGGACACGGGUCAGAUGACCAAGAGUACGCACCACCAGUAGUGAAGAAAUGCAGGAGAUCCCUACCAGCAACUAUGGUCACUAGGGCUAUCCCCAAGUACUACGGCCGAAAAAGGGAGGGGCCAGGAGAACUGCAGCUUGUUCAAAACCUCGGAGUAAGUUCUUGUUACCGUGACAAAGCAAAAGAAAUGGCUCCACACUACCUUACGUGGAUUGAGAUGAGAAAGCUUGAAACGCACCCAUUAUUAAUAAUACCUGGGUGGACCGGCUUUAACAUUAAAGUUUGUGAUCGUGUGGUGGUUGUGGAGAGCACAAUUGGUUAUUUGGACACUACAGACUCCCCUGCCACUGACCUGAAGACCGCGUGCGAGGUGUUGUCUGGAGGAUGUGAGAUAAAAAAUCGGCUUCAGUUGAGUGCUGUUGUGUGUGUUCUUGAUCAGGCUUUUUACGCCAAGGCUAUGGAGGUUUACUGGGAACACAAGGAGCUAUUCGAUGGCAUAGUCAUAAUGAUGGGAGGUUUCCAUUUGUUAUUAAUGCUCUUGGGAGUUAUUGGAAGCCGAUUCGGGGAUGCGGGGCUUAGAGAACUAGCUGUCCAGAGUGAUGUCGUGGCAGACGGAUCAGUGGAUAAGUCUCUAAAUGGAAAACAGUACAAUCGGGCUGUGCAUCUUCAUAAAUGUAUUUAUGAAGCCCUCAUGAGAUUGCUCUUGAAAGAGUUUGAAUCUUCAGUCCAGUCAUUACUGACCUUGAACUUGGAACAACUGAAAUUAGAACUGAACCAAGAAGAAUUUGAGCGAGUGUUGAGCAGCCAUGGGUUCCAGUAA